CACCUUCACAAAUGCGUAGCUGUCAAGGGUUUAGGGUUUACCCAAUUUCGACGGACUUUUCUCUCAUUCUAUUGCUCUGAUUUCCAGGAGUUGGAGAUUGAGAACGCGAGGCUGUCGGGGUCUUCCGUUUGCGCCUACAAUGAAGGUGUCACACACAUUCUGAUCUACAUGGGCAAGUGAUGGCAGUUUCUGGAGCGAUUGCUGGAACUGAUCGUUGAGUAUAAUAAUAUUCCUGAAAACUGAUUAGGCGAAGACGUGCUGGUCGUCUGAGGAGGUGGAGGCAUGCUGUCCAUCUGAACACUUGAGGCUGCCUCAAAAUCAUUUAUAAUUUUGUCACUGUGUGUGUGGAUAUGUUGCCCUUUCACCGAAGACUUGUGCACACACAACUCUGUUCCAAAGUAAAUUCUGCAGGGUGUGGAGCUGUGGAAGGAAAUGAUCAAUUGCACACAGAUGAGGAUACCUCAUCCCUUAGUUUGAAGCAAGAAGGAACACCAUGCACAAUUGAUAAGAUAAAUGUAUCUAAUACAUCAAGCAAGGAUCGUGUGGCUUCUAAUAAAGGUGAAACAGAUUUCUCUUCCCUUAUCACAGGUGGUGUUGAUACUGAGGAAGAUGUGCAUCAACAUGAUGAGGUGGGAACUUCAUAUGACAGUCAAAAUGCGAUGAAGCAUAAAAUGAACCAAUCAGAAGAGGCUGUGUCAGGUCGUUGUUCAAGGCCCAUGUGCAAAAGCACUCGAUUUGUUGCUCUAAAGAUCAUGUACUUUGGUCAAAGGUUCUUUGGUUUUGCUUCAGAAGCAACAAGAAGCCCAACUAUUGAGUCUGAAAUUUUCAAGGCACUUCAUAGGACAAAGCUAUUAAUUGGUGAGAAGAAUGAGCGGUCUUACUCUAGGUGUGGUCGUACUGACAAGGGGGUCUCUGCAGUUGGACAGGUCAUAGCCAUAUACUUGCGGUCUAACCUGAAGGACUCCAAGCAACAUGAAAAUGGUGAAGCCGAAAUUGAUUAUGUAAAGGUGCUCAAUAAGGUUCUCCCUCAUGACAUUCGGGUGCUUGGUUGGUCUCAUGCACCCACGAACUUCCAUGCAAGGUUUAGCUGUUUGAGUAGAGAAUACAAGUACCUUUUUUGGAGAGGAAAUCUCCACAUAUCUGCAAUGGAGGAUGGUGGUAGAAAGUUGGUCGGGGAACAUGAUUUCAGGAACUUCUGUAAGAUGGAUGCACUUAAUGUCCACAACUAUAGGCGACACGUACUUUCAUUUGAAAUUGUACCCUGCAAUCAAAGGUUCUAUGAUAAUGAGCUGUGGGCAAUACAAAUUAAAGGUACUGCCUUCUUGUGGCACCAAGUAAGAUGCAUUGUUGCAGUGCUUUUCAUGAUUGGACAAGGUCUUGAAUCACCAUCUGUGAUUGAUGCAUUACUUGACAUUCGUGAGACUCCCAGGAAACCACAAUAUGCGAUGGCAUCUGAGCUCCCAUUAGUUCUUCAAUGUUGUGAUUUUGAAGACCUCAAUUUUGUUUGUUCAAGAAGUGCAAGACAAGCAUUGGUUGAGCAAUUAAGGGAUAUGUUUCUGGCGCAUCUUCUACAAGCUGCAAUAUUUCAAGAAGCACUAACGACUUUGUCCAUCCCUGAUGUAAGCGGCAUACCUGCAAAAAGAAAUUUAGGAACACAUAUACCCCUUAAAUCACGACCUACUGAGCCAUCUUAUGAAGAACGCCAGGCAAAGCUAAGAAUGAAGGACAACUUCAGAAAAUUAUUUACCUUGUCCUCUAGUUGAAAAAUGGGUAAACAUUUCAGUAUUUGGUUGAACCAUUUCUUUUGGGUUGGAAAUUAUCUGUCACUCUGUCGGUUGUUCUCAUUUAAAUUAUAUGUGGUGGGGCCUGGUAUGCUUGUCUUGACUUGCUGUAGUUUCAAUGCUUGUCCUGGUAAUGUAAAAUUCGGUGGGUAUUCUAAUUGAUCCUAAGGGACAAUAGGGCCCAUCCUGGAACAAAUUUUCAGGAAAAUACUUCAGUCCACUUACUCGAUAACUGGAAAAUGUAUUAGAGUUGUUUGCAGCAAACCUCACUGUUAUAAAAAAAAAGACAUUGCAAUAUAAAUGGCUUUCUGUUAUCC